CAGCCUCACAACCACUUAAUUCAAAUUCACCACCAGCCAACAAAACAUCACCUCCAGAGACUACAAUGUCACUACAAAUACAUUUAACUUCACCACCUGUCAACACAACCUCACCACAAGUCAAUGAAACUUCACCACCAGUCAAUGUAACCUCAUCACCAGUCCACCUUACUUCACCACCACUCAAUUCAACUUCACCACCAGUCCACAUAACCUUACCAUCAGUCAAUAUAACCUCAUCACCAGUCCCUACAAUCUCACCUGUGGUGAACAAAACCUCAACACCAAUUAACCCACCAGCCAACAAAACAUCACCUCCAGAGACUACAAUGUCACUACAAGUACAUUUAACUUCACCACCUGUCAACACAACCCCACCACAAGUCAAUGAAACUUCACCACCAGUCAAUGCAACCUCAUCACCAGUUAAUCCAACUUCACCACCAGUUCAUAUGACUUCACUAUCAGUCAUUGCAACCUCAGCACCAGUCCACAUGGCCUCAUCACCAGUUAAUGCAACUUCACUGCUAAACAAUUCAACUUCAUCACCAAUCAAUGCAAUCUCAUCACCAGUCAAUACUACUUCACCAUCAGUCAAUCCAACCUCAUCACCAGUCAAUCCAACUUCACCACCAGUCCACAUGACCUCACCACCAAUCAAUGCAACUUCACCACCAGUCAAUGCAACCUCAUCACCAGUCAAUCCAACUUCACCACCAGCUAAUGCCAUUUCACCACCAGUCAAUGCAACCUCAUCACCAGUCAAUCCAACUUCACCACCAGCUAAUGCCAUUUCACCACCAGUCAAUGAAACUUCACCACCAGUCAAUGCAACCUCAUCACCAGUCCACCUUACUUCACCACCACUCAAUUCAACUUCACCACCAGUCCACAUGACCUCACCACCAGUCAACAUAACCUUACCAUCAGUCAAUAUAACCUCAUCACCGGUCCCUACAAUCUCACCUGUGGUGAACAAAACCUCAACACCAAUUAACCCACCAGCCAACAAAACAUCACCUCCAGAGACUACAAUGUCACUACAAGUACAUUUAACUUCACCACCUGUCAACACAACCCCACCACAAGUCAAUGAAACUUCACCACCAGUCAAUGCAACCUCAUCACCAGUUAAUCCAACUUCACCACCAGUUCAUAUGACUUCACCAUCAGUCAUUGCAACCUCAGCACCAGUCCACAUGGCCUCACCACCAGUUAAUGCAACUUCACUGCUAAACAAUUCAACUUCACCACCAAUCAAUGCAAUCUCAUCACCAGUCAAUACUACUUCACCAUCAGUCAAUCCAACCUCAUCACCAGUCAAUCCAACUUCACCACCAGUCCACAUGACCUCACCACCAAUCAAUGCAACUUCACCACCAGUCAAUGCAACCUCAUCACCAGUCAAUCCAACUUCACCACCAGCUAAUGCCAUUUCACCACCAGUCAAUGCAACCUCAUCACCAGUCAAUCCAACUUCACCACCAGCUAAUGCCAUUUCACCACCAGUCAAUGAAACUCACCACCAG